GGUUUGGUCGCCGCCGCCGCCACAGCAGCAGCUCUACGAGUGAUAAAGAUGCUAAACAGCAGCGACUGGACUCAGCUGAAAGGUACCGACAUCUCCUCAUCAACUCAGUCCGCCAACGCUAUGGCAGUAGAAGAGCAGCCAGACCAGCGUCACGGGGACAAAUGCAGCCCCCGACAUUCAACCAAGCCUUCGUCAACCUGGUUAUUCGGAGCAAAGCGUCUCGAUUAAAAGAGAAAACAGAUAAGCCCCGGGAGGAUGUGGCAGCUACUCCAGAACCAGAGGAAUGUGUGGAUACAGCUGUGAAAGUGUCAGAUCUGUUUAACAGUGUUGCUCCGUCGGGUGCCACAAAAGUGAUCUUUCUGUUUGGCAAACCAGGUACAGGCAAAACCAUGCUAAUGCACAGGAUCUAUCAGAAAUGGGCAGAAGGUGUCUUGCAUCAGUUUCUCCUCACUUUCCUGUUUGAGUUUCGGCAGCUGAAUUUAUUGAAAAGAAAAUUGACUCUGAAGGAACUUUUGUUCGACUUGUUUCUUCAGCCAGAAGACAGCCCUGAUGCAGUGUUCCAGCACCUCUUGGAAAAUGCCCAGCGUACACUGAUCAUUUUUGAUGGGCUGGAUGAGUUUGCAGGUAACAUGGACGUGCCAUCCUCUUCUCAGGGAUGCCCGGCCCUUCUGUCCCCUAUGUCUAUAUCUGAGCUCUUUGCAGACCUCUGUCACGGAAAACUCCUACCUGGUUGCACGGUGUUGGUCACCAGCCGACCUCAGAGACUACCUGACUUCUUACUAAACACAGUUGAUUUGCUAGCAGAAAUUUGGGGAUUUGACCAUGAGAAAGUUGAUGAAUAUGUCAGCCACUAUUUUCAUCAGCAUUCUUUCAAAGAACAAGCGAUUGCUCACCUGAAGAACAACACAAAGCUCCUCAGCAUGUGCCUGAUCCCUGCUCUAUGUUACGUUGUCUGCAUCUGUCUGGAAUAUUUGCUCCUUAAACAUCAGAUGAGUGUGGAGCUUCCUCAGACUAUGACACAAUUUUAUAUCAAAAUGCUUCUCAUCUUCAUAAACAAACAUCAGGGAGAGCAUGCAGGCAGUGAGGAGACUCAGCUGAACUGCAACAAGAAGGCCAUUUUGGGUCUGUGUGAUCUUGCCUUGAAAGGCCUGGAAGCCAAGAAGCUUGUAUUUUAUGUCGGAGAUAUUCCGGAGCACGUGAAGGAAUUUGCUUCAUUGCAUGGACUGCUGACUGUCUUUGAGGUGAAGACAAGUGGUGGCCUCCCAGAGGCUGGCUAUGCCUUUGUGCACUUGAGCUUGCAGGAGUUUUUUGCAGCACUAUGUCUCAUGGUAAGUAAGAAAGUAGACAAGAACUACCUGAAGAAGAAGUUCUCUUUGAAAUCAAAGUGGACUGUAAAGAACGAAGCCAAGACCGAGUUCGUGGAGAGUUUUCACAUCUUUCUCUCAGGCCUGUCUUCCAAAGAGUGUAGGACAUUCCUCAUGUUGCUGGCUGAACAAGACGAAGCCUGGGUACAGGAUAAGCAGGAUUCCAUCCUGCAGUCGCUCAAGAGGCUGGCAGCCACGAACCUGACAGGGCCUAAGGUCAUUGAGCUCUGUCACUGCACGUUUGAAACGCAGGACCUGGAAGUGGCGCAGCACAUUGGGAGCCUGCCGAAUUUCAAGUACGAGUUUAAGAAUUUUAGACUGACGCCCCUGGACAUGUCAGCUUUGGUUUUUGUCAUAAACUCAGGCCAGGAUUUGACUCGCCUGGAUUUUGCAGGAUGUCCCAUGGACAUUGAGUGUUUGGAGAUUCUGGCCAGCUGUAAAAAUGUGGCACGCUUGAGCUUUCGGAGUAGAAGAUGUGGUGAUGACUUUGCUGCUGCUCUUUCCAGGGGCCUUCAGAAAAUGGGGAGCCUGAAGAAGCUCGAGCUGACGGGUGGGAUCAUCACAGCCAAGGGGUUAUCUGACCUGGUCCAGGCUUCCUCACAUUGCCUCCAGCUGGAGGAAAUGAACUUGCAGGACAAUCGGAUACGGGACCUGGAGGUGAAGAGGGUGAUGGAUGUGUUUUCCAGAAUGGAAAAGCUACAGAAAAUAGAUUUGAGCUACAACCAUCUUUCCUUGAACGUUGUUCUGCUCUUGGCGAAGGAAAUUGUUGCCUGUCAAAAUGCUACUGAGCUGCUUGUCAGGAAGGACACCGUGAUAAUAUAUUUUUCCGGCCAAUCCGGGAAAGCCCCAAGAUCUUCGGAUUUCAGAGGGGAAGAGAAUAAAGAACAUGUGACUCAAACUAGGCACAUGAAGUUAUGCCUGCAGGGGCUCAGCCUGUGUCCUCAACAUGCAGAGGAGAUUGUUGCCAUUCUUCAGAGCUGUCCCCGUCUCUCAGAAGUGGACUUAUCAGGUAACAACCUUGGAGAUGAAGGCUGCAGUUGGCUGUUGAAAAGCCUCCCUUGGAUAUCAAUUUUGAAGCAGUUGGAUCUCAGUCAAAACCACCUUUCCAUUGAUGGCAUCUGCAGUUUGGUGAAGUCAGUAAAUACCUGCCAGAAGAUAAUGGAGGUUGAAGUCAGCCUGUGGCAUAACACUGCAAUCUUGAGGUUUACAGGGUACAGAGAAUCUGCUUCUCCUUAUUCCAGGGAAGAACCAGUGUUCUCUACCAGUGACCAAGAAGAUAGAGAAGAAAACCAGACACCUACUGCUUCAAAAAAAAUAAGACUGACCGACAGUCGUCUUCAAGUCAGUGACCUGGAGAAGCUGUGUGCAGUCCUAAAGGAAUGUAGCAGUGUCUCAGAGCUGGACCUAUCAAAUACUGCUCUGGGAGACAAAGGCCUCUAUCAGCUGUUUCAACUCAUCCCGAGUCUGACAAUGUUACGUUCGCUCAAGCUGGAUCGCAAUGAGAUCUCCCUGAACUCGGUGCCUUUUUUAGCUCAGUCCUUGUCUGCACGGGAACAGAUUAAAACUAUGAACCUCAGCUUAGGACACACACAGGAGGUUCACAUAACCUUUUGGGAAAGAAUCGGGGUCAGAAGUGUCAGCAGAUCCAGAAGAUGUUUCCUGACGCAUCCCAAGCCUGGAACAAACAGCCAGUGCUUUUGUCUCAGGGACUGCGCGAUGGCUCCUGAGGAUGUGAGCAGGCUCUGCCAGAUCCUGUCUGCCUGCACCCAGCUCACACAAAUUGACCUGUCUGGGAAUUCUUUGAAUGAGCAAUGCAUUAAGAGAUUACUGACCUUCCUGCCUCGUCUCCAUCAUCUGAUACUGCUGAGUAUUAGGAACAAUAACUUUUCUCCACACUGCAUCAUCUUACUGGCCAACUCCAUCAACCUCUGUGAGCGGAUCAGAAAGGUAGAAGUGAGGGCAAGGAAAAAUGCUUUCCUGCAUUUUGGAACAAGCAUGGAAAACAAAAAGACAUCCUGCAGACUGAUUGACUGUGCCAUUGGUGAAGAGCAGCUAGAUGAGCUCUGCAGUGUCCUGGAGCAGCAUGGGUGGCUGGCAGAAAUAAAUCUUUCCAGAAAUCAGCUGGGAGAUGAAGGCCUGAGGCGUCUCUUGGACCACUUGCAUCAGGCAUCCGUUACCUGUUCCCUCAACCUCAGCCAUAACAGGGUUUCUCAGGAUGGAGUUCUGGAUCUCAUAAAUACCUUUUCCACAUCUGGAAAUACCACUGAAAUUCAAGUCAGUUUGUGCUCCAAAGCGACUUUAAUCAUCAAGCUGACAACCAGAAAUGAUCCAAGAAAGGUUUUGAGACUCACAGAGUGCAGCUUUCAGCCAGAGCACCUGGAAAAGCUGUGCUCGGUCCUGGGAAAGUGCUCCGGUCUGACAGAAUACGUAUCCUCAAAGAACAAUGUGACAGUCCAAAUUGCAGAGGUUCUUUUGCAUUCUCUGAAGAAAAACCUGGGUCCUCUGAAAAUCAGCAUAGAAGAGCCAUGGGUAAGUGAAGAAAGUGUCAAGAGUCUUCUUGAGCUGGCUCUCCAGGCCUGUGGGAACAUUACCGAGAUCACGAUAUGUAAAGAUAAAACCCUCUUCCAGUUAUGCGUGGGCUUCCCACCCUGCAUGGAGAAGAUGGAGUCAGUCGUUAGCAGACUCAACCUGCACGAGCUGGACGUUGGGCGCGCUUGUUUCUAUCAAAGGCUUCGUGAAAAAUGUGCCCAGCUUCAGGAACUGAGAUGGUCUCACGUCGAGCUCCAGGGUGACGAGGCAGAAAUGCUAGUCAGUGUUCUGCUGCCUCUUCCAGCGUUGAAGAAGUUUGCACUCACCUCUAGUAGGAUUGUGCCCACGGGAGUUGAUUACUUGAUUGCCGGCUUGCAGAACUGCCAGGCUAUCGAAGAGCUUAACCUAGGCCACAUGAGCCUCAGCGAUGCUACUGUUCCUAAGCUUGUGCUGGGCCUUGGUGAAAUGCCCUCUCUGAAAAGACUGCUCCUGAACCAUAACAGUAUUGGUGAUGACGCCUGCCCCAGUCUUGCAGAUGCCUUGAGGAAAAUGCACUGCUUGGAGGAAAUAGAUUUAAGCCACAACAAGAUUGGAGAUCCAGGCCUGAUAAAUAUAGCUGCUGUCCUGCUGGAAAUGCCAAACCUGAAAAGAAUCAACCUCUCUGGAAACAUUCCUAGUCCUGUCGGUGGAGAAAAGCUCAUGGACGCUCUUGCCUGUUGCAAGCGCAUCGAGGAGCUGCUGCUAUCUAGGAAUCAUUUUGGUGACACGACAGCAAUGAAACUUGCCCUCUGUCUGCCUUGCAUGAAUGACCUGAAGAUCCUGCAUUUGCAGAACACUAACAUUGGGCCAAGUGGAAGCACAGAGCUGGCCGGAGCCCUGGUGGGAUGCCAGCGGCUGGAAGAGCUCAGCUUAUCAGAAAAUUGCCUUGGGGAAGGAGGUGUCCAUGCCCUGUCCAAGGGUCUGCCAUGCUUUAAAAACCUCCGAAAGAUUGACAUGAAACUCUGUGGCAUCACUGAUGUUGCUUCUAAAUUGCUUUCUCGUGCCUUCAGACAGUGCCCUUCCAUGGAGGAGAUAAUAUUGUCUUGGAACACCCUUGGUGACAGAGGAGCCCAGGAGUUGGCCAGUGCUCUCCCAAGGAUGGAAAAACUGAAGACGUUAGAUCUGGAGAAGAAUAUCAUUGGAGCAGAUGGGGCCACAAAGCUAGCAGAGGAGCUUGCCAAGUGCCCAGAAAUUCAACUCAUAAGGCUGUGGAAAAAUCCGGUGCCUCAGGACCUCGCUGAGAAUUUGACAUUCCAAGACUCAAGAUUGUGUUUCUCCCCCUGCUAGUAGAGAAGAGCCCUUGA